UUUCCUUAUUGGGACUCCCUAGCCUACAUCCUGAGUCCAUGUAUGGGCAUUUACGUCACGGCAGCCUCACUGGGGACUCCAGAAAUGGCUGCGGCGGAAGGUCGGAGCAGCCCCGCUCCCGCUAUAAAGGGGGCGGCGGGGAGGGAGCUCCGGGUGUCCGCUCGGGCUGCGCCGCCGCCGGGCCCUGCCUGCGCCCCCCGCCCCGGCCCUGCCCCCGCAGCGCCCCCGCCCCGAGCACCCCACAGCAUCACCCCCAGGGUCCCCGGCACCUGCCCCGAGCGUCCCCCGCAGCGGUGCGGGCCCCCCGAGCGUGGCCCGGCUCAUCCCCGAGCAUCCCUCGGAUCGCUGCGGGCACCCCGAGCAGUCCCCGCUCGUCCCGGGCUCGCCCCGGGCAUCCCCGGGCUCGCCUGGAGCAGCUCUCGCCCGGCCCCCGAGCACCCAGCGGCUCUCCCCGGGCAUCCCCCGGCUCAUCCCGGGCACCCCCGGCUCGCCCCAGCCCGGCCCCCCUGCUCCGGCCGCGUGCCCAGGGAAGAUGCUCAACGUUGUGGAUUUCUCCUGCCCGGAUCCGCUUUACUCCAAGUACGAGGAGAGCUGCGAGAUGAAAAGCGGAGAGCUGCAGGGCUUGGGGCAGCCUGAGCAGCAACUUCUGGCAGAGGCCGAUUUCCUCGGAGGUGAGCUGCUGGGUGUCCCCGGCAGCGGCGGGGCCGUGGAUUACUCCCUGCUGGGCAGCCAGCCCUCCCCCUCCCUCAGCUACACCGGCAGCUUCUUCAUCAAGGCGGUACCGGAGCACCCGCAGGACCAGGAAUCCCUCUUCAACCUGAUGUCGGGCAUCCUGGGCAUCUCCCCCUUCGCCUCCUCCGAGGGCCACCAGAGGCACCUGGACGCUCUGUACCCCUGUCCCGAGGUGGCUCAGGGCCAGCUGGAGCUGUACGCGCCGUGCCAGCCCGAGAUGAGCGGGUCCAGCCCGGCGCCGUUCCCGGAGCCGAGCUACGGCGCCUUCCCCGCGGCCGAGGGCGCGCAGCCCCUGCCGGGCAGCACCUCCCAGUGCUUCUUCCAGCCCAAGCUCCUGGACAGCAAGCAGGACGUCAAGCUGUCCUCCGGCUCCCCGCCCCUGGACAAGUUCAAGGCCGCCUGUGCCCAGUGGGAGCCCGUCUCCCAGCAGCAGCAGCAGCAGCAGCAGCAGCAUGCCUACCUGCCCGCCGGCUUCCACUCUGCCGAGGGCUUCCCGGGCACCGACGGCGGCCCGGGGCUGUUCCCCCCGCUGGGCUCCAAGAUGGAGAGCGCCUUGUCCGUCAGCUGCCAGCCCGAGCUCGGCAGCCUGGCGGAGGAGGCCGCCUGCUUUGGAGCCCAUCUGGGCUUCGGCUGCGAGCCAGAGAACUUCCCGGCCCGCGGGGACUUCGCCGACGGCAAGAUCCACAGCCUCCCCGGGCCGCUGCUGCCGGACUUCGAGGCCUCCUUGGCCCAGGCCGAGGUGCUGCCGGGCCUGCUGGGCUCUGCCGAGCUGCUCCAUCCUCACCCCUCUCCCUCCGUGCCCCCCACGGACUUCCUGGGCCAGGCGGCGGCCUCGGCGCUGCCCGCCCUGCUGCCCCCCGCGCCCCCGGCGCUGCCCGAGCCCAAGAAGAAGGCGCGGCGCAGCAAGUGCUCCUCCAAGUGCUUCUGCCCCAAGCCCCACGAGAAGGCGUUCGCCUGCCCGGUGGAGAGCUGCAUCCGCAGCUUCGCCCGCUCCGACGAGCUCAACCGGCACCUGCGCAUCCACACGGGCCACAAGCCCUUCCAGUGCCGCAUCUGCCUGCGCAACUUCAGCCGCAGCGACCACCUCACCACGCACAUCCGCACGCACACGGGCGAGAAGCCCUUCUCCUGCGACACCUGCGGCCGCCGCUUCGCCCGCAGCGACGAGAAGAAGCGCCACAGCAAGGUGCACCUCAAGCAGAAGGCGCGCAGCGAGGAGAAGCUCAAGGGGCUGGGGUUCUUCUCCGUGGGGCUCUCCUUCGGCGCGCUCUGAGCCGCGGCCCGGGCGCUGCCAGGCGGCGUUUCCCGAGUCCCCCGAGCGUCUCAGGGAGAGCCGGGGUGCGGGGCCCUCCCGGUGCCCCGCAGGGCCGUGCCGGGCGCCGGGGCCCGCGGGAGGUGAGGCGAUCCCGGCGGGAUGGCGAGGGCAGCCCGGCCCGCGGGACUGAGCCAUCCGCGGCUGCUGCUCCCAGGAGGGGAGAGCAGAGCCCCCGGACAGACGGACAGACAGACAGAAAUCACCACCGCGGUGGGUGCGCUGGAGCGCCCGGCUGUGCUUUCCCCAGCCAGCACUUCCCAGGAUGUUCCUGCCUGGAGAUUCUCCGGGGCUGCGGCUGCUCCCAUCCCUUCUCCAGACCCCACCAGGCUCUGGCCACCGGUGCUAACAGACCCUUGGGAAAGGUGAUUUCA